UCUGCAGUGGGUGUGUGCCAUGAAUAGAAUUCGCGAACAGUGAGGAAGACAAAGAGACGCCGGCUGCCUAGUCCCACUGUUCCACCAGCGGAUUGCAGCGUCGGUCUACUGACUUUAUCAGAUUCGUCGCCUAGGACACUUCUCUAAAUUUUGUAUCAAGAUGAGACAGCCCGCCCCCGCCUAUGGCCCCGCCCCUGGCCCCGGCUACGCCCCUGGCCCCGGUUAUGCCCCUGGCCCCGGUUAUGCCCCUGGCCCCGGCUACGCCCCUGGCCCCGGCUACGCCCCUGGCCCCGGCUAUGCCCCUGGCCCCGGCUACGUCCCGAGUGUGCGAAGGGCAUCUGAUGUCGAAGCGGGCAUACCUCCCGCCGAGUCCGCCAUGGAAAACCCAUUCGCCGACAAAUACGUACGAAUAGGUUUCAUCCGGAAGGUGUACGCGAUUCUCUCCGUGCAGAUGCUGCUAACAACGGCCAUCGUCGCUGCUUUUGUGUUUGUGCCGGAACUCAACAAGUUUGCGAAGAUGAAUAGCUGGAUUAUGAUUGCCGCGUCGUUAGCAGGCUUGGUUCUGCUGCUUGUUCUUACCUGCUGCGGGGACCUGCAGCGCUCCUUCCCGAUCAACUUCAUCCUGCUCUUUCUGUUCACGAUCUGCGAAGCGGUGGCAUUGGCCGUCGUAUGCGUGUUUCACAAGCGCGACGAAGUUUUCAUGGCAGUAGGAGUGACAGCGACAGUGUUCAUCCUGCUGACGAUUUUUGCGAUGCAAACAGCCAUCGAUUUCACGGGAUACACUGUCGUCGCGCUUGUCCUCCUUAUACUCCUGAUGAUCUUGGGAUUCGUGGCUGCGUUUUUCCGGUCGAAACUGAUUCAGAUGAUCUACGCCUGCUCCGGAGCUGCGAUAUUCUCUUUUUACAUCGUCAUCGACACGCAACUCAUCACGGGCGGCGCAAAUCGGGCCUACUCACUAUCGCCAGAGGAUUACAUCGCGGGCGCCCUGAUGCUCUACGUCGACGCCAUCAACUUGUUCCUCUACAUCCUGAGAAUAAUCGAUCAGUUGAAAGGCGACAACUGAAUUGGAUGUGGGUGCUGCGGCCUUUGUCGCCGUCUCCACCUCCGUGCGCUUUGCGGCAGGCAGGACUCACUGCAGUGCCCAACGAGGGGGCGAAGCGUUUGUGACGCCCAGUCGUCGUCAGCGCCUCCUACGAUAAAGAAAAUUUUAGAACUGCUUCGGUGCAAAAGACGCCCGUGAUUUUAGUGAAUAAUUAGAAACCCCCAUAGCCCCUCGCCAACUAAAGUUUCCCUCAAAGCACGCGCUCGGUUUGAUUACCUGAUCCACUCACGUUCUCCCUGCGGAAAUAUUGUACGCGAUACAUUGACGCGGAGUUUACGCGGUUCUGCGGUUUCCGCGAAAGUCGCACGCUAAGCGGUGAUCCUCUCCUCCGCUCCAGCUUGGUCGCGGCGGAAGGAAAGGCUUACCGCAAGGCAAUUUUGCCUUUGCGUGUAGCUAAAAUUCUCCGAUCCGAUGUCCUUCCCGCUUUCGUCAGUCGUAGAUGAUGUUGAACUGAUACAGUCCACAUGAUUUUCCCGAGAAAUUUUAUGCGAGCAGCAUUUGGAAAUAAUAGGGUGCAAUUAAACUAUAUAUAGUA